CUUCUCCCUUUGGGGCGCUUCUUCUGCAUGAAGGUAUAAAGGGAGAUUUUCCUCUUUUCUCCCUCAAACUGAAGAACACAUAUGUAAAUCCUUGUUUUUUCCUCGUUGAGGCAGGGGAGGCCAUAGUCACAAUGUUUAACUGCAUGCAUCUAACCCAGGGCUGGUUUUAACCCCAGCGCUCUGACCUAAACGGCUCAGCUCCCGGAAAUUCCAAGGAACCCAGUGGCCUUAGUCCUUCAGGUGGAACAGCGUGCGACAUGGGAAAGAAAACCAAGCGGACAGCUGACAGUUCUUCAGAGGAUGAGGAGGAGUACGUCGUGGAGAAGGUGCUAGAUAGGCGUGUGGUUAAGGGGCAAGUGGAAUAUCUACUGAAGUGGAAAGGCUUUUCUGAGGAGCACAAUACUUGGGAACCUGAGAAAAAUUUGGAUUGCCCUGAGCUAAUUUCUGAGUUCAUGAAAAAGUAUAAGAAGAUGAAGGAGGGUGAAAAUAACAAACCCAGAGAGAAGUCAGAAAGUAACAAGAGGAAAUCCAGUUUCUCAAACAGUGCUGAUGAUAUCAAAUCCAAAAAAAAGAGAGAGCAGAGCAAUGAUAUCGCUCGGGGCUUUGAGAGAGGACUGGAACCAGAAAAGAUCAUUGGGGCGACAGAUUCCUGUGGCGAUUUAAUGUUCCUAAUGAAAUGGAAAGACACAGAUGAAGCAGACCUGGUUCUUGCAAAAGAAGCUAAUGUAAAAUGUCCACAGAUUGUGAUAGCAUUUUAUGAAGAGAGACUGACGUGGCACGCAUAUCCUGAGGAUGCGGAAAACAAAGAGAAAGAAACAGCAAAGAGCUAAAGGAGGGGGUGGUCUCUGUCAUUUCUCUUUGUACAUAAUACAUUCACCUCCCUGCUUCCUGUCCCUUCUCCCCACCCCCUUCUAUCCUAAACACAUCCAUAAAAAAUGUGCUUAUCACUGUGCUCCACAGGAGAAAUGUUGGUAUUGGUUCUCUUGUAACAUAACUGAUGGUCUGAUUCAUGAUAAGUGUCUCUCUGUGAAGACCAGGCAUUUACAUACUGUGUGUAAUUCUCAUCAUUUUUUCCUUUGCCCUGAUCUCUUCUUUCUGCUCCCCUGUGACCUCAAGAUGAAUUUUACCUUUUUAAUCACCUUAGAGUCUUGAUCUUUUCAGGGUUGGUCACUUUUUAGAUUGGGGGAUUUUGUUACAGUGAUGAUGAAUUUUGGUUCUUAGAACAUGUUGAUGAUCAGCUAGCCUUUGUUUUGAGAUGUUGGGAUGGAAAAGACGUUGCCCAUCUUUUUAAAAAGCCAAUAGCAACUGCCUACCUGUUGGGGCUUUCCCAGCGUCAUUCAGCUCUACCCAGGAGAAUACAGGGUCCCUGGUGUGGUCUUCUGGGCCACCCUCUGUUGUUCAUCCUCACCCAUCCUCCCAGAAUAGCUCCAUCCAUUGGAGGACUUGAAAUUUUACAUUCAGAUUUGUUAAGGCACUCCUUUCAGCCCCAGAACUUUUGGCCUUGUUUCUUAGCAAUCCCUGAUUCUGCUUCUGCAAGGUGGUGUAGUCUGUCAUAAAAUGACAGGAUUAUUAACUGUGGAGAUGUUUAGCUAUUAGUACAUGAGGAUGAUGGGGUAGGGUACAGUUGUCUUUAUUAUCACACGUGGUAUAUAUGUAUUAUUUCCUUCCAUCCCUCACAUUUGGACUAUAUAUUUAUGUAGGUGUGAGUGACUGCCUGGUGCUUGCUUGUGCCAAGGUGCUAGGCACCCUCCAACCCUGCCAACUUUUGUGGCCUCCCAAAGCAUUCCUGUUAACCAAAGAGGCUUCAAACCUGACCCUCACUUCUCAGUGGACCCAAGUUUCCUCUCCAUGACAUUAUUUUCAGUGGGGAAUUCUUAGAGGGGAACCAUUGGCCACAAUAACAAUUUUAAAUAUUCAUAGCAUUUAUAGUUAUAAAUUUCCUGCUUUGUUGACUCCUGGAUUUGCCAAGAGUCCCCAAAGUAUCAAUGUUCUUCCUUUUUCCACCCUCAAACUCUGAGUUCUAUCUUCUUUUUAAGAAUGCAUUUCCAUGGAAGACUAUCACCUCAGAGUGACAGGCUCUGGUAUUAGCAUGUUGACAUAACCUUCUCUCCCAACUCAGCAAAGUAUUUCCCUUUUGGCUUUGUCCUGUUUUGCCAUUAUAUUGAGAGUUUAUUUUUCUGAUCAUAACCUUCUGCCUUUAGCUACCACGAGAUGCCCUAUUUCUCUUUACCCUUUUUUUUUUUUUUUUUAGUUGAGGGAGGGCUGGAGAAUCAAGACUAAAAGUAAGGAAAUAGCAGGGUUUUGAGCAUCCUUGUUCCAGCCCAAAAGCUGAGGAAAUAAGAAUAAAUGCUUGAAAUAGCCUUAACUCUAGUGUUCACCAGCCACUGAGGUUUUUCUUGCUUUGGUUUUUAAAACAUAGCUGUCUGGCAAGGAGCAUUCAACCAUUUCUGGAUUAUUCAGAGUAACGAGGGGAAUGGAUAGAUUGCUCUAGUCCACAGAUGAGCCGAAUAAUAUGCAAAUCAUAUACCCAUUCAUAGCAUUUGUUAACAUUGCUUCCCUGCUCAGCUGCUGAUUGAAUUCUGUGUGCUCGUAUAAAUUAUGUCAAAAAUUAUACUGCACAGUUGAGAAGACAGCUAUUGAUGCAGUGACCUGACAGACGGGAACAAUGAAGAUUUGGGUUUAAGUCAUCCAGGAAAAUCCUUCUGAACGGUAAAGUGAUUAGGUAAGAACGCGUAACCCAUACCUCAAGUGGAUGGGAGGUUUAUCUCCAUCUUCCUUUACUCUCUGAAGGAAUGAAAGGCCUAGAUCAAGUGCUAGGUACCAGUACUUAUCUAAAAGAAAGGAUGGUCAGGAAAUAGUUGUCAUACAGGUAACCAAGAAUAUUAAUUAGGGUAGACGAGGAUAGGACAGAAGUAGGCUAGUGCCCCCCUGAGGAGGUGAUCUGGGUCUCAAUUUGCAGGUGGAGAAAAUGACAGCUUAUCCAUGUAGCCAAAGUGUGUCUUCCAGGAGCAGUGAGCAUAUAAAUUAACAGUGACCAUAUUUUUACCAAAAUCUAGCAUAUGGACAAAACGGUUAUUUUGUACUGAGACUGAUGCUGAGAAAUGUGGGACGUGUGGUAAUAGGUAAUAUUUAAGACAGUCAUCAGAAUCUGAUUUUCUGUUAGCACAAUAACCCCAGUAUUAUCUAUUCAUCACCUCUUUAAUACAUUACUCUUCACUCCAUUCAUCUUUUUCUGUCCACGGUUUGUUGAAUCACGGUCUUGUACUGAGUGCCGCCAAAACAACUUUUGUUCUCUGCCUGCCUAUUCACAGCUGCUUCUGUAGGAAUGUAGGGAGCCCGAGGCCAGUGCAGAUUUCAGCCCUCAGCGGAACGGAAGCCAGAUGCCUGCCUCUGCCUCCGGCAUUUGUUAAUGCUGAGGAGCUGUCCUGGCCCUUGGAGAAUUGCAACCUCAAACAGAAACUUGUUUUCAUGGGGUUUUCUCCUUUCAGAAGACUUAGUAGCCAUGGGCUAAGCACUCUUAAACAUGUAGGUCCCAGGAGCUCAGUGUAUUUUUCGUGUUUAGUCCUUCCAAAACAUUUUUCUAAUGAUGAAUUUCUUUAGUAAUCAGCAUUCACAGAUCUCCCUUGCACAGAAUGUAGUAGAGCCUUUCCUAAAAGAGUCUACCAAGGUCAGUGUAGUUGCUUUUCUGAGCCCUGGGCUGGGCUGAUGCCCUCACAUUAAGAUCAGCUCUUGGGAAUAUCAGCCCUGAUGAAAGCACCCGUUUUUAAACUGGAGAGAGCCAUAGCAUUUUUCUUCCUGCAGUCCAGUUUUUUUUCCUGCUCAAGGGAGCAUUUGGGCCUGUGGUGCUCCUAACACUCAAGUCUAGAUCAGGGGUGUCCAAACUGCGGCCCGCGGGCCAACUGUGGCCCACGAGCCAUUGUUAAUUGGCCCGCAGCAAAUUCCAAAAAUAUAUUUAGUUUACUUAAAUAAACCAGGUGAGGCAAUACUACUUCACCUCGAGUGAGUGGCCCAGGCUGGUUGUGUAUUUUGCCGCAUAUGGCCCUUGGUAAAAAACGUUGGAAAAAGUUUGGACACCCCUGGUGUAGAUAGUCCUUGGCUGACCCCCAGCCAUAUCUAUGUUCCACUUUUUGUUGAAAGUCUGGUCCUGUUCUGUAGCCACCCUGCUGUCCAUUUACCUUAUAUUCAGGUCAUUUCAUAGGGCUUUGGGCAAGGUGCUUGGGAUUUUCAUCUUGUGAUUUUGUUGGAUCUAUGUAUAGGCCAGCUCCCCUAAAGUACAGAGGGAUCUGUGUUUGGGUUGGGGAAUGAUUGUCUUUGCCCUUAGGGUUUGAAUUCAAGGGCCUAAAAUACUACUUUGUAAUAGUAGUAUGAGAACCCCAGGAAGGGUUGUGUAAUUAAAUUUGAAAUGUGGAAAUUGUUUCUCACAAAUUAGGUCAAAGGAAAAGCUUAUUUUGCACCCAUGGCUCCAUCCUUUUGGUUUAGAUUUUGAGAGCACAAAGUAGUAAUGUGAGGUCUGUACCUUUGUAAUCAGGCCACCAAGCAUACAUACUUGUAGCAAGGUGGAGAGAGGAAAGGUCUGGAUCCAGUGUAUUCCAGUUUCACGUUGGCGUUACUGAUCAUCAAAGUUAUGUUUUUAAAAAUACAGAUGUUACCAGCCUGGCACCCAAGAGCACAUGCUCAGAAUUGGGUGCUCCCUCCCAAUUAAUAGUGACCUUGAGUUUGUACUGAGCCGUCCAUAUUUCAGCCACAUUAGUUUUACAUCAUUCAUUCAACAAACAUUUUCUGGCGUGGGGAAUACAAAGUUCAAAAAGAUUCUUACCGGACCUCAAGGAACUCUCAUAAUGGUGUGGGAUAAACUGACUAUGUAAUAGUUUAUUCUGAUCUGGGGGCAGAGACAGACAGCUGGUUGAUACAGUUGGUGGCCUUUAAGAAGGAGGGUAACAUGGUUCAUAUGUGGGAAAGACCUAUGAUCUUGGAGAAACUGAGCUAACUGGCCAUAGAUAGACCACAACAAGGGCCUGUUUUACUCCAGAAAAUAAAGGUAACUGAAGGUUAGUUAGAAAUGCUGCUAUUACUGAGAGAACAGGUGAGUGGGGAUUGAGAACCCCAAAUUUUGGUCCCUAUUUUCUACUCUUUGCCAAAGUAUUUAAUGGUAUAGUUCAUCCUUGCUUGUGAAAAGUAUUAAGUAUGUUGCAGAUUCCGUUAUGUGUUACAUUAUUGUGGGUUCUGUAACAUUUUCCUCAUGGACAUUUUAUCAGUUGCUCACACCUUUUUCAGUUGCUUAUCUCUUUUGGAGGAAUUAACUUAAGGCUGGCUUUUAGCCUAAAACAGGGACAUAUUUUGCAAUGCCAAGAGAUUUGCUAAAAAGGCAUCUUGGGGCACAUCUGUUAACACCUGGGCAUCUACUCUGGGUGGUGUAGUUUUAUUCAACAUUGCCAGAGACUGAUUUCUAAGCAGAGACUUGUGUCAAUUAUGUGGAAACCCUCCCCAAAGUCCACAUACUCUAGAAUUUUGGAUUUAAUCUAGGAUGAGGCCUAGCCCUGUUAAACAGUCUGACUUUAAGAAAUGUCUUAGUUCCCGACCACGAGAAAAGGGUACUUUGCUUGGAUAAUUGAGAGUUGACUAGUUGGAAGUCACAAUUCCCAGGAAUUAGAAUAACUGUCUGGAAAGUUACAGUGUGAAGUUUCUUUGGAUAGCUUCAUAAAAAUUCUAGUUUCUUUUUGCUUGCGCUGGAUUUCUUGAAUUUUAAACUACCUCAUCUUGUCUUUUUUAAAGUUACAUCAACUUGUCAUUGCCACUUUUUAACAUCGUGCUUAACUUGGGCUUUCUAAGAUGGGUUUUUUCUUCCUAUUCAUUGACAGCGUGUUCUGCCUUUUCAUCCCAAUUCUCAUUUCACCUAAUAUCAUCUCAUAGUGUUCCUCUGUCAGAGAAAUGUUUUAAAAAUAGUUUAAAAUCUUUGUUUAUGGGAAGAAAGUGAUCUCCAAAUGCUUUUUGUCUCUAAGAUCAGUAAGAGAAGGAGUUAAAACAAGGUGGUGAGGGAGGGGACAGAACCUGCACUGGAGGCAACUGACAAGGGAAGAGCCGUUAAUUAAGACAAUUUCAAAGUCAACUGAUUGUGAUCAUUAAUGUCACAAUAGAUCAAAACCUAAUUAUCACAGCCUAGGUAAGAGCCAUCAGUAUUAAUCAGAAAAUCUAAUAGGAAACUAUUAUCAAGAAAUUAGGCCAAAUUGAAUGCAGUGAACUUUUUAUCUUGCCGUUCUGUAUUUUUUUGUAUGUGUGGUGUCCCCUGGCGUGGGCAGGUGUGACCCUCACGGCUGAUCCAGGCCCCAGUGGCCAGUUUGUCACACUUUGAGGAAUUCCAAACACAGAUUGAACCUGAACUGUCAUUGCCACUUUAAUCCAUCUUGAACAUUAUCAUCAUUUGGACUUGUUCAGUGUGAUUAGCAAUCAGUGAAAAAAGGUUUAUAUUUAGGUCUUGGAAUGAUUGGUCCUUCCUAGAACUAGAGUUUCCCUGGUGCACACUAUAGCGUGUGUGUUGAUAAAUCAUUCUUUGAGCUUCUGCCGCUCUGGCUACUGGGAGGGGCUAUGGAGGAAAGGGGGGCGGGGGGCUUCCUGCCUGUAGAUUGAGAGACUGGAGAAGAUAGAGUUUAAUCGUGUCACAGCACUUUUAAGGCUCAAGUCAGUGUUUUGCAGUUUCUAGUAGCUUUAGUAUUUGAUUCUAAACCAGGGCUGGCUGUGGAUUUAGUUUUGUCCCACUAGUUUUAGAAUAAAGGUCAUAAUGAUCUCUGUUAGAAUCUACUGUAAAUCCAUAGGAGGGGGGAAAGGUGUUUUUUGUUUUGCCUUUCUUUUGUUAGAGUUAUGCCUCUGGCAGGAGAAAAGAAUAUUACAAGAGUCUUAUGACUAAUAUAGAGAACACUUUACCCCCCUUUCCCUGAAUUGAAAAAUAGGGUCACCAUUUAUAUCCUUAAUCUUGAGCUGUUGAUGAAGAUACUGCAACUCCUGCAGGUGAGUUGAGGCAGAAAGGUUGGGAGAGGCUGGCCUCGGGGGAUUGUGGGCAGAGCCGAGAAGCAGCAGGAGGGUGGUCGUGGCGCUAGGAUUCCUAUGCUCCUAUCUUAGCCUGUAGAGGGUGUUGCUGGUCCUCCCCCGUCAACCUUGCAGCUCAGAGUACUACCGAGACCACUCCUGGGGAAACUAGUUCUUAGCUUCCUGCUUGAAUGUGGUCUUUUUGCUUCAAUCUGGAUUUUAGGAAUUUGGAUUACUUAGUAUAGAACUUUGGGAAAUCAAUGUCACUUAGUCCUUCGCCUUAAUGUUUAAAAUGUAAUUUUAUUUUCGAAACACCCGUUAACACAUGGCUUUCAGAAGCAGUUUGUUUCUCCAAGGUUCCUUGCAUUAUGCUUAAUAAAUAAUAGCCCUCAGUUAAUGCUUGUGGGCUGAUUGAGUUCAUCUUGGUUGUAGAGUGAGAUGUACUCACCAGCUUCCUUUUGCUCCCAAGUGUACUCUAAGAAGUAAAAUGCUCUGGGGAGUGAAACAAUUGAGUGGAUGCUGACUGCCAACCUCUUCAACCGAUUCAUAAUGGCUGACCUUGGGCAAGUCACUCCUUCCAAUGCCUCAGUUCCCCAUCUGUCAAAUGGGGGUAAUAAUACUGACCUACCUCACCGGGGGUGUUGUGAGGCAUUGUAAAUCAAAGUUGAUCGAAUACUUGAGGGUCCUCGAUGGAGGAUGCCUUGAGCCGAAGUCUAGGCCUGACAUAGGCUUUAGUCCUCACUGAGCUGUCCCCAGGUUGGAACUACUUAGUGACCUCGGCACAGUCUGCCCCCCACCCCUCAUCAAAGCUGCUAGUUCAGAUGUUGACAGUGUUUUUGUGAAUGUUGGAACCUUAAUAGUCCAGACUUACUUAGGAUGUUUUGGGGGGAGGCACUUAGUAUUUUCUGUUUCACAUCCACAAAGGGAGGCCGUUUCAGACCCAAGAGCAUUGGAUUAGGAAAUCAUGAGGCAGAGAUGCUACUGCUUGUUUCUCUCUGUAGGUUGGGAAUUAAGAUCCCAUCCCCCAUGGGCUCGGAACAGACUCAGACUGUCUUAGGAGCAAAGCAGACACAGUGGGUUAUAUCAUUGCUUGUCCCUCUCGAAACUGACCCCAGGACAGCUGGGUCGCUCCACCCCUACGUGGUAUCUGUACUGAAGCCUCCACCUCCCUAUAGGAGCCAGCUGGUUCAAUAAACGUAAUCACUUCCAGCCCCCACCAAAAAGCCACAUUGGAAAAUGGUUUUUCUAGAGAUGUAUUUAAUACUCAGAAUUAGGCAUUGAUACUCUUUAAAGCUUCAUCCAAUUCACUGCAUUCAGCAUCUGUCAUUCUUUCUCUGUGUCUACAGUCUGAACCUGGCUUUGACCUUUUUUCAUCUGGUUUAGGAAAACUAUGGACACUGUUUCUAGGUGCCCAGGUGUGGGCUUGAGAACCUUACUCUCCAUCUCAGUUCAGGGGCUCAGCCAGCUCCUCUCCCCGAUAGGGCUUUUUCCUUUCCCUCUCCUUGGCCCUAGACGUAUAACCCAUGAAGAAGCACAAGGUCCUGGCCCCUUGCUGCAGUCACAUUCUGGUUCUCCGUGUUUUGUGGACUCUGCUCCUUUGUUCAUCCGGCACUGGCGGCGGAACCAGGCGGUUCUGUGGAGUUCUGGAGGAUGGAGAGAACAGUCUGACAUCUUGCCAACUAGCCAGGAGUUGACUCGCCCGGCGUUCCCACCCCUUCCCACAAGAGGGGAUCUAAGAAACUCGAGGCUGGGUUUCUCUCAGCACUCUGUACCAUCCUGAGUAGCAAAACAAAUCACACUUUGUAGCCAGAUUUCUGAAUGGAAAAAUUGGAAAUUAAAUUCUCUAUGGACUUUGGUUUAUGGGGGAGUUUUGGUUGUGUUUCUUAGUUUUAUUUCAGCCAAACAUGUCUGCUUUUCAUUUUAAAAUUUUUUAGGAUAAGUGACAUAUAUAUGUUCGUCUUUUAAAUGUAAAUGUUUAAAAGUAGGCAAUUUACGUGUUUCCACAACUGACAUCCGAUGCAGACCUCAUUCUCUCCCCCUCUUCCACCCUCCUCUUUUCCCUCUUUUCAUACUCUUGUAUUGGUUCUAAUAAAUGGUUGCUUUUCAAAUA